UUCACCAACGGGGGGGAAGGAGGGAGAAGCGCAGAAUUACACUGUCUAGAGCGGCUUGCUGUUAUGGAGAGUACAUUCAUUUAGCUUUGUUGCGUUUCUUUCCGUUGACACUUGAAAGGACAUCAUGUAGAAGUUGCGUUUAUGAUAUUGGUGGUUCUGGUGUGUACCCAUUAUGGGCUGAUUCAAAUCAGAACAAAUCCUAAUAGUCAAUCUUUUAAAAUUUCUUACCUUUUUUCUCAUCACCAUGUUUUCAGAAAUGUUGGAAAAACGACGUAUUUCCUCGCAAGUUUCAUACCUAACAAAGCACAACCACAAAUUCGAUAAUGCAGUAAAACAUUAAGUCAGAAAUACUAGUAUUUUGCAAGGCGGCGUGUGACGUUAGAUGCCUUUCUAUCUGUUACAACUCUAUGGAGAGGCUGCUGUAUUGUUUUGAUUAGGAAAAUCAAUUGGACAAGUACAGCCACGGACUACGUAUUCUGAGUAUUUAGCGGCAGGGGAAUAGCAACCACAUCCAGGAUACAGAGGCUCACUUCCCUCAUUUCGGAGAGUCAUAGAAGUCAUGGAGGAGCAGACAGGCUCUCCUGGAGCCAAUACCGACAGCAACAGCCAGAGAAAUGGAGAUGAGAAGCCCCGACGUGGCAGCUGGACCAAGGGGAGGAAGAGGAAGAAGCCAAUGAAGGACAGCAACGCACCCAAGGCCCCCCUAACGGGUUACGUUCGCUUCAUGAACGACAGACGGGAGCAGUUACGGGCAGAGCGUCCAGACGUGCCCUUUCCAGAGAUAACAAGGAUGCUGGGCAACGAGUGGAGCAAGCUGCCCCCUGAGGAGAAGCAGCGAUACUUGGAUGAGGCGGAGCGCGAUAAAGAGCGCUAUAUGCGGGAGCUGGAGAAGUACCAGAAGACGGAGGCCUAUAAACAUUUCACCAGGAAGGUCCAGGAGAAGCAGAAGGGCAAGCGGCACAGGGGAGAUGUUGGGCACCAGGUAGCCAAUGAGGCUCUUCACGAGAAGGAUACAGAAGGGAAGGACAGAACUGUGUUUGACAUACCGAUCUUCACAGAGGAGUUUCUCAACCACAGCAAAGCACGUGAAGCUGAGAUGCGGCAGCUGCGUAAGACCAACAUGGAGUAUGAGGAGCGUAAUGCGGCGCUGCAGAAGCAUGUGGAGAGCAUGCGCGGGGCAGUAGAAAGGCUGGACGGUGACGUGAUGCAAGAGAGGGGACGCAACGGGCUUCUCCACCAACACCUGGAGACCUUGCGCCAGGCGCUCACCUCCAGUUUUUCCAAUGUACCUCUGCCAGGUAGCGGAGAGACACCCAGUCUUGAAACCAUUGACUCCUACAUGAAGAAGCUCCAUAGCAUCAUUGUCAGUAACCCCCAAGAACACGAGAAUCUCAUCAGCACUGUGAGAGACGUCGUCAACCGUCUGGACAGAUAAUUGGACCGAGUCCACCUGAUUUGAUGGAUUGAGAUUCACAGCGACAUUAAGCAGAUGCCGUUUCCAGGUUGAUGCCUUGCUCCUUGACGGUGACUAUUCCUGUCAAUCUGUCAUCCCAGUUUUAAAACAUGUUUUGUUACUCUGCAAGUGAAGGUGAUGUAGCGUUUCAUAUUUAUUUAUUGUUUUUUUUUUUUUUUACAUUUUUUUACCCAAUUUUUUUUCUUUCACACUUUAUUAAUAUAGCUGUAGUUUGUUUUAUAAAAUAAUCAGAUGACAGGACAUGAAACAGUUUUCUCUCACUCCUUGCUCCUGUUCUGUCUUCACCGUCCAUUUAUAUUAAAGGCUUCUACAACAAUAUCUAAACCACUAUCAAACACUUUGUAUCUGAUCAAAGAAAAAUGUGUCUGUGGGUUUGUAUUUACCAUCCCAAUGAAAUAUUGCUAAGCAGACUUUCUGUUUUCAUGCUCUGUUGAAGAACAACGUGCCAUUUAUGUUUUUUCCUCUGUGAAAAGGUGUGUUUGUGUUUUCAAUAAAUGUAUUUACAUCA